AUUGUCUUACUAAAAUAAGUUGUCAUACUUACUAUGCCCCUGCAGGAGGAGGGAUAGGAAUAUAAAGAAGGGAGAAAGCGAAGGCACAAGUAUUUGCUGAUAAGGCGGUCGAAUAUAUAAUAGAAUAAAAUAGAUAGGAGCGCAAAGGAAUAGUCACUAAUUCCUAGUGACAAGCACUUACGGUUUGGUUUGGUACUGCUAGUCCAGAAAUCAGAAGGGAGCACAAGCACUGAACAAUGCGAAAAACGUUGCCACGAGGGGCCGGUGUAGAUAAGAAACGAUGAUCAAGCGGGCUCAGAUGAAGUGAUAUUGGAACUCGUGACCACUUGAAACAUUCAAACCCCACUUCAAGUUAGAGAUUUGCACUCCACCAAGGAACAAAAUUUCCGAAACGUGAGGCUUGAAAUAGUGUCUAAAAUGGAAUUGAAAGAUUUCGACACGAUCCUGGAGUCUAUCGGGAGCUACGGCCCUUACCAACACAGGAUGAUGUUCUUUGUGGUCUCAAUGACAUCGUUGAUCAUUGGCUUACAGGUCAGCACCAGGAUAUUCAUAACGAUUGUGCCUGAUCACUGGUGUCAUGUGGAAGGACGGGAGUCCAGCUCCAUGUCAGUCGACGAGUGGAAGAACUUCACCAUUCCAAUAUCCUCGGAUGGUUCUAAAUUUGAAAAAUGUGAACAUUAUGUGAUAUACUGGGAAAAUGACUACACGCCAUAUCGAAGUAACGAGACCAUGAGCUGUACAUCGUGGGAGUACGAUCGUUCUUUGUUGCACGAGACACUGGCUACCACCAACGACUGGGUGUGUGACAGGGAGCUAUACUCGGUGCACAUCAUGUCGGCGAACAUAGCUGGCAGCUGCAUAAGCACCUUCAUCAUGCCCUACCUCGCUGAUAAGUACACUGGACGCAGACAGAUGUACCUGGUCUCCAUCUUCUUCCAUUUUAUUUUUGAGUUCGCCGCAAUCUUCACCUCGAACUUCCCUCUCCAUCUCGUUUGGAGAUUUUUGGCGAGCUGCAGCUUCCAGACCAACUACCAGAUGAGCUACAUCAUCAGCUUGGAGCUGAUAGCCCCCGGCAAGCGCGCCCUCGCAGAGACGCUCUCCUUCGCCGCGUGGACGGUGGGCAUGUGUCUGACGUCACUGCUGGCCUGGGCGGCCGGCGACUGGCGGUACAUCAGCACCGUGUCACUGCUGCUCGACUCUUACAUGUUUGCUGUGUACUGGAUGAUGCCCGAGUCCCCUCGCUGGCUGCUGUCCAAGAACAGAACUCCAGAAGCCACCAAGAUCCUAAUGAAGAUCGCGGAGGUGAACAAAGUGACAGGAGCGAGUGCAGAAGACUUGCAGCAGCAGCUGACUGCUAUAGAGAAGCAGCAACCGGCGGCGAUAACGUUCGCAGAGAUAAGGCGGUAUCCGACAUUUUUCAGGACCGUCAUCUUGCUGUGCUGUAUCUCGGCAGCCAGCUACGUGGUCUACGGGGUGAUCAGCCUCGAUGUGAACUUCAUCGACAACAGUUAUUUCAUGAACUUCUUCCUGCUUUCUCUGAUGGAGUUCCCGUCACAAGUCACAGGCUGGCUCGGUGUGCAAUACCUCGGCCGGCGCCUCUCAGCCGUCCUGACUUACCUGCUGUGUGCCGGCACGUGCUGCGUUGCCGCACUCGUCGGGCAUGAUAAAACAGCGCUGCUGGUGGUGGUGAGUCUGCUGAAGUGGCUGAGCACGUCUGCACUGUUUGGCCUCUACCUGCAAGUCUCGGAGCUCUACCCCACCACGAUGCGGUCUACGGGCAUGGGCGCCAUAGCCGUGUUCGGGACGGCCUUCUUCUCAGCCACGCCAUACAUCAUUAACGCAGACGAAGGCUCCGGAUUCAAAUAUCUGAUGUUGAUGGGCCUGAGCGCCGCCUGCGCGGUGCUGUCCAUUCCUCUGCCUGAGACGCUCUCAAUGCCGCUCCCGCAAACCCUGGCUGAGGCGGACAGCAUCGCCUCGGUCCGGCCUCUCAAGAAACUCAUCCACCACUGGAACGUGAAAAAGUUUACGCCGGUGCCCUUCUACGGGCAAACCUGCAGCAAUGACAAGCAAGUAACGAGGGCGGAAGAAAGCGCCGUUCAGGAACUCGCUCGUCUCAAGGAGGACCAGGAAUAAAUCGUGAUCGAGUGGGACACAUUUUUAAUAGAAAGCGACAGAGAUGGACUGAGUGCGUAAUUUCGUUUGUUUAAAGAAUGAGGUUAGUGAGUUGCUGGUCAACUGAAAGCUCCAAUGGAAUUCAGUAAAUUUUGAGAAGAGCUAACAAAUAUAUGAGUUCAGUCUGUCGGAAUUAAACAGAUAAAGGUGUUCGCAGAUUAUUAUACACCUGCAAGAGGUUUAGACUGAUACUCGCUCAUUUGGGUGUCUUUAAUUUUCGGUAUAUGAUUGCAAAAGUUUUCACAAUUUCAAAAAUCGUAGUAUUAUACGCUCCAAGUUUUUAUACCUUAAGUAAAUCCUGAUCGCUCACCGUUAUUGAGACGGAAUUGCGUGUAUGGGCGAGUUUCCGACUCAGGGGCCUUAAACCAUCAGUGCAAUCCGACUAUCUUAAUGUGACCAAUUAAAUACGCUAUUUUUCGCGCAUUUUCUCGUUUAUGGAAAAAAAGCGUUAUUG